UCAUUUACUUUCUUACCUAUCUCUCUAAAGAAACAUGAGGUCAUCACGCAGUUCGGGAUUACACUGCUGCUCUGUGCACACCGCACACACGCAUAUAUAUCAACACAAUACAGCUAUGCUCCACCUUCAUUGACCUUAGGCGACAAGGCAGCAGAGCAGACCUCUCUCACACAAUACCAGCUGAGCCCCACAGCCCGUUCUACAGUACUUUUUUCAUACGCUUAUUUCACUUUAAACGGAGCUGGAUUCUGUUGUAAAGUGUAAUAUUUUGUGGAUAUAUAGCCGGUGUGAAACUCUAGCAGAGACAUUGUAUAUUUGGUCCAGUUCUUUUCCCUCCAGCAGCCCGAGUCUCAGAUCACCCGGGAACGACUAAGCGAAGCUCCAGAGACAUGGAUUUUGGGAUCGGACACAUUUUUGUGGGAAUGACUCCAGCCAAACUUGCAUCUGAUUCUUAAUCAGUCUUCUGUUGUUGGAUAUAAUGCCAGAUUACUCAAGAUGACGGAGUUGAAUUAUGCUUUCAUAAGCGAAAACGGGAAGGAAGUGGAUAAAACUUUGGACUGGAGUUACAUAGACUGGCAUAAAAAGAAAACGGUCAAAGGGACGGAUGCACAGACCCAAACCCAAUGCGUACAAAGUGAGGACAAAGACACACAAACAGCUAGUCCUUUCAUAAUGCGAAUAGAUUUAGGAAGGACGCCCUCCAGACUGAGGUAUGGUUCCCUUACGGAGUCUGACAGCAUGCCAGCACACUUAUUUCAGUUUGAUAGACAAGCCCCAGCCCGCAUCUCCACGUCCCCCACUCUGAGGAGAAUGAGGAGCACGAGAAUCUCCUACCGAGAUCCAAGCAAGUCGGAUGGUCCUUUAGGAGAGGAGUCUCCCACUCCCACGAGUCCCCUUUCUCCAUUAUUCCGGCAGAAAUCACCACUGGCGGUUCAGUCGGAUGGAGAGAGCGGGAACUUUGAAUCUUCAGUGAUUCAUGGGACAAUUAGAUCACACAGAUCAAAGACCAUUGACAAUGGCGUCAUUUGCAAAAGCAAAGAGUCUCAUGAUUCAAAAGAGCCAGUUUCUGAUGAUAAUGAGAGCACAACCGAUGACAGUGACCAGGUAUACAAUGAGUUCAAGAUGUCUUAA